AUGGCGUCCUCAUUGGUAUCGAAUCCAUACACCGGCCAAUCCCAUGGCCAAAAUCCAGCAUAUACAUAUGUGACAGCUCCUCAACCACCACCAUCACCUCCCGUCGACGAAGUAGCAAAGUGCUCUUUACCCUCAAUCUCAAGCUUGCUUGGACUGGCUGAUGGAUCGAGCCCACAAGAACAAGCUCAACAGGCCCAACAACAAGCACAGCAAGUGAAGACUGAAUAUAGGCCCGACUCAGGACAUCAACAGUAUGGACCAUCACCAGCUAUGAGUACCCGGGGGGCUCUUCCACCAACCCCUCCAAUGCAAUCAGAAUCUGGAUUUGAUGGCCGUCAAUCACCUUCUGCUGGAUCUAACUCUGGCUACUCGGUCGUCUCUGCACCUGGCUAUUACUUUGCACCAUCUUCAGUCUCAGCUAUCAACAAUGUGGAACCUCACCAUCAGCGUCAACCUGUGCCUCAGCGAAGAGUGUCCAUGCCAGCAACUUCAGUGGCCUAUGCUCAAUCUCCCUACAAUGGGUCACAAUACACUGUUUCGCCUCAGCAGUCGAUGAGCUCUUACUACCCAAGCCCGAUGCAACAAACACCACCUCAAUCUCAAAUAUCGGGGCUCUACUAUCAACGACCUCUUCCUCAACAAUUCCCACCUCCUUUGAUGCCAGUCUCUGUGACUCUCACUCCUUCAUCGGGCGCAAACCCAUGGCAACAUCAUCACUACAUCUCUCCAUCUUCGGCGGCGUCGUUUCCCCAAUCUCAAGAUCGUUACAUCUGCCAAACAUGCAACAAGGCAUUUUCAAGACCGUCCAGCCUACGAAUCCACUCUCACUCGCAUACUGGCGAGAAGCCAUUCAAGUGUCCACAUCAGGGAUGCGGAAAAGCAUUCAGCGUGCGCAGCAACAUGAAGAGGCACGAACGGGGAUGUCACAACUUCGAAGGCGGAGCGAUGGUUUGA